AUGUCUGUCGACCUGGCUUCCCGCGCACAAAGUGAGGCUACAGCUAAGAAGCAAACAGCCAAGCUCACCCAAGUGCUAAUAAAUUUUUUUACAAAAGCAGCUCAAGUGAUACUAGAUUCAAGAGCUCAUUCUGAAUCCCAAUCAUUUAAUGAGUCAUCUUUUGGUGGCAGUCUUGACCAACAAAGCCAAAGAAUCAACAAAUGGUUCAAUCUUCAUAUGCUGUCAUCACACGGCGCAACCAAAGAGGAUUUGAAAUUGUGGAAAUCUGCGGACGUAGGAUCCAUCCCUCCAAUGAUUAUCGAGACAUAUCUCGACUUGAGACAACUUCCAGCAAACCAGACUUUGGUGCUACUCGAUGAGCAAAAACACCCUUGGACUGUGGCAAGUGCAAGUGGCAAAAAGCAAGAGGUUGUCUUGGAGCGUUGGUUGAUUGAGUUUGAUCAAAAACUGGGAAUCGCAACUUCUGACGAACUACCACUGAUUUACAAGCAAGCAAUAAUAUUGUUUAGGACGCUUUAUGGGUAUUCUAGGAUGAUGCCAGCAUACAAGUUGAAAAAGAAGAACAUGAAUAAGAUAUUCUUGGGCAACAAGAUCCUCGACGGUAGCCAACCCAUAAGCUCAAAGGGACGAAUUGGAUUAUCAAAAGCUAUCAUCAAUCAUCCAAAUGCACCACAUACCACACAGAAGAACUUUGCCCCCAUCAAGACUAGUAUGGGUGUGAUGAGGAUUUCAAUCGCUUACAGAAACAAUUACGAUUUUUGUUUACAUGAACAUGAAGAAGUCCUAUCGGCUCAUUUUGGUAAACGUGAUGAGGAUGCUAGGAAGUUGAUGUCUCUCUCUCCGUCAUCAUCAUUAACCUCAUCCAAAGAUGGAAGCCCACUGUUUAGCAAAGAACAGUCAAUCUCCAUAGAGUCUGCAUUGCACCGCGAGCCCUAUAAAGUUGGAUCGCGAGAAAUUUCACCAACACCCGGUCCCAUUAGCACCGGAAUAGGAGGACAGCAAGCUAUUGUUCAAAAUAUUCCCUCAUCUUUGGAAAGGAAAGUUUCAAUCACCAGCAACAAGUCGAUUUCCAAUGCUUCUUUGGCUGCGUUUUUGAGAAACCCCAGAAGUAGCACCCCAUCAUCCAAUGCAGUUCCGAUUGUGGGUAGCAACAGCAACCCAUAUGGUACCUGGAUACCAAAAUCGGUAAGCUCAUCCACUGGACAUGACGAUGCUGUCUUUUCGCAUCCCGACAGCAGUAAUAAUACGCCACGAUUCUCAUCCUCAUUUGGGUCUCGAGCCAGUCGUCGUUUUAGCAACACGAGCAUUCGUCAGCAAACCCCCCUGUCUGACUAUUUUGCCCAUGGUAACAGUGUUGAUGCUGCAUUGAGUGGAUUGUACAUGGAUGACGACAUCAAUGAUUUUGUGCGAAUGAUUGAUAGUAAAUCGGACUUGAAAUUGGGUAGGAGCAGCACGGAUGACUCCAUUAAAACACGACCUGUAAUGGAGUCUGCUGAUACCAAUGAUACCGCAGCGCUAAGAAGAUACCAACUGUUGAAGGGCAAGCACCAACAGUUGGGUGAUAGCGUUAAUGCGAGCGUUAUUUUGCAAUCGAGACAAAGCAGUCGUAAGAGUUCAUUAAAUUCACCUCCUGGAUCGUUUGACCAAUCCCAGUUGAUUGUGUCGUCAUUGCAGUCGAAAUUGAGGGAAAACUCGCCAAGAGCCACCAGCCUUGAACCUAAUCGACCUUUGAUCACGUCACGAAUAACUUCGUCUAGUUUGACUCCGUCAACAAACACCAGUCCACCCAAAACCACCACCAUUGUUAAUAUUGACACAAGCAACCAGGAGCAGCAAACAUCGAGCCUUACAAGAUUGCCAUCGGUCCAUUCGGUGCGCUCGAAUAAUGGCAACAGUGGUUCAACUUCGAAUGCUGGCAAUGUCUUACCCACGAUCAAAAGCAAGCCCACUACAGUCGUCACAGGUUUGGCGACCAGUCCAUCUAUAUACGAUUAUCGAUCAUCCUUUAAAAUUGAUGAUUUAUCUGUCAAUGAAGAGGACUCUUCGCUGAGAAGGAAGCCGAUCAAGAAGGAUGAUUGUGAAGAUGAGGAUGACUUGUUGUUUACAAUGAGUGAUAUGAAUGCAAAGUAG